AUGGCGUGGCACACUCUGCCACCCUUGCUCGGCCUCCUCGGGCUCUGCUGGGCUAGCUGCCUCUUGCCCCUGGCUCGGGGCUGCGGUCCGGGCAGGGGGCCGGUGGGGCAGAAGCCGUACGGCCGCAAGCCUCUGACUUCGCUGCAGUACAAACAGUCUGUGCCGGACCUCGCGGAGCAGACCUUGGGUGCCAGCGGAAAAGCAGAGGGCAAAAUCAGCCGCCACUCGGACCGCUUCAAGGACUUGGUGCCCAAUUAUAACCCCGAUAUCAUCUUUAAGGAUGAAGAGAAUACAGGGGCGGACCGGCUGAUGACCGAGCGUUGCAAGGACCGAGUCAACACCUUGGCCAUUGCGGUGAUGAACAAGUGGCCGGGUGUCAGGCUGCGAGUGACGGAGGGCUGGGAUGAAGACGGACACCACCCGCCCCACUCCCUGCACUAUGAGGGCCGGGCCCUGGACAUCACCACAUCUGACCGCGACAGGAAGAAGUAUGGCGUGCUGGCCAGUUUGGCGGUGGAGGCUGGCUUCGACUGGGUGUAUUACGAGUCCAAGGCGCACAUUCACGUGUCGGUGAAAGCAGAUAACUCCGCAGCUAUUCAUGCCGGUGGCUGUUUCCCAGGGGAUGCCGUGGUGACCUUACAGAGCGGAGAAAAGAAAAAUCUUUCUGAACUUCGCUGUGGAGACUUUGUGCUCGCCGUGGACCAGAGCGGGCGAGUGACACCCAGUGAGGUUUUGCCGUUCCUUGAUCGGGACCAGCACCGGCGGACCACCUUCGUGACCAUCGAGACGGACAACCCCAUCCACCGGCUUCUCCUCACGCCCUCCCAUCUCAUCUUUGCCGCGCAGGACCCGGCCAACAGCACAGCUGACUUCUCCCCCAUAUUUGCCAGCCAGGUGCGUGUGGGGGACUCGGUGCUGGCACACCACGCAGGCAGACCUGGGCUGCGCCCUGCCCGGGUGGUCCGCAUUUGGCAGCAAGAGGCCGUUGGGGUCUACGCCCCGUUGACUUCGCACGGCACCCUUUUGGUAAACGGGGUGCUGGCUUCCUGUUACGCCAUGCUCGAGAGCCAUCACUGGGCCCACCGAGCCUUUGCCCCGCUGCGGCUUGUCCACGGCCUCUUCUCACUGCUGCCUCUUAAAGGCGAAGCCAGGAACUGCAGCGCACAGGAGACGGGCAUGCACUGGUAUUCACAGUUUCUAUACCAGCUGGCGUGGGGCAUCCUGGGACAGGACAGCCUUCACUCCUAG